UUGAACGCCUGACCUCAGGUGAUCUGCCCAACUUGGCUUCCCAAAAUGCUGGGAUUACAGGUGUGCCACCAUGCCCGGCCUUAAUUCAUUUCUAAAUCACAAAAUCUAAACAACAAGUGGCUAGGAGCUACCAUAGUGUACAAGGCAGCUGUAGAAUCACAGGAAAUUGUCAAUGACCCUGUCCUGCUUCAAGUUGACUUUUCCCCCUCAUGGUGAGACUCUAGAUUCUUUCCUCUUCUCUCACAUUUUUUAGACUUUCAGGAUUAGACCAUGAAAAUAAGUUCUGUCCUUCCAAGAAAAUAACGUUCAUAACACUUACUGUAUACCAGGCUGAUUUCAGUGCUUUACAUGAAUUAAGUUACAACAACUCUGAGGCAGGAGCUGUGAUUAUGCCCAUUUAACAGAUGACAAAACCGAGGUACAAAGCAGUGCUGGAACUUCUCAAAGUCACACAGGUAGCAGGAGGCAGAGCUCGGAUUUGAACUCACUUUGGUUUCAGCAACUCACAGCUCACACCUAUGACAUAAUAUUACUUCUGUGGUCAAAACACUGAGACCUGGAUUUCACAGGAAUCUUGUGCUUGCCUGGCUGCUAGGGAGGUUUUCAUCAUCUUCCUUAUCUCACGGUUCAAAACCCACGGCCUCCCUGCUCUUGCUAUGGUGGCCGUUCACUGGCAGGAGGCUUCUGGGAAGGUUCUCCUUUUCUGUCAUUUAUCUUAUUCGUGGUUUUUUGUCUCAUUGGUGUUUAUCUGCAGAACUUUGUUUCCUUCUGCUCAAUUCAUAAUCAGAGUGCUUUUCCUCCUGGCUCAAUUCAUAAGUGUUUGUGCAAAAAGAGGUUGGCGCAGAGCCAGGCGACUGACGACACCCGGCUCGUCUGGCAAGUGGAUAUCAAAUUGUUGUAUCUCGUUCUGCCAUUCACAGCUCCUGCUGUGGGGCUGGGUCAUCUGCCAGCUCUCCAAGGAGCUGGUGGGAAACAGCUGCAACCAGAGCGAACCGCCGCCCGGGUGAGCCCGCCUCAGCACAGCAUUCCAGCUGCCCCCAGUGCCUUUUGGGGACACAUCUGCAUUGCCAGGCAGGGCUGUGGGAGGGUCGCCUGCCUCCUGUCCAUCACAGGGAAAACCUACCCUUGUCCCGCAUCCCUUCCAGGCAGGCUGUGUGGGGAUUGCUGCGAUCACCUUUAAUAUGGCUAAAAUGUUUUCCUUCAAUGACAGUAAUGCUGCCAGAACCCAUCAAGACACCCAGGAACUGAUGUGCCUUGGCAGAUGAUGCUGGAAAGAUGGGAUUCCCGGCAGCCUUUGCAUCUUUUGCUCACAGCCCAUGAGCAUCUCCACUGUCCAGCAGUUGCAGGGGAACAAAGCGGCAUCAUUCCACUAUUCCAAGGGAGGUGCUAAAUACGAGGGUGAGGCUGUCAAGCGGUCCCUGGUGGAGUCCUACACUCACCCAAACAGCAACGAGACAGAGCGGAGGGAGAACAUCGAUACCGUCAUGAACUGGUUCACCAAGGAAGACUUUGACUUUGUGACUCUGUGCUACAGAGAGCCAGAUAACGUGGGACACCGUUUCGGGCCAGAGGGAGAGAAUAGGAAGUUGAUGAUUCAGCAAAUCGACAGGACCAUCGGGUAUCUGGUGGGAGCCAAGGAGAAGCACAGCCUGCAGAGCACCUCGGCGUCAUCAUCACAUGAGACCAUGCGAUGACCACCGUGAAGAAGUGACCCAAUGUCAACAAGAUCCCUUGUCCAACUACAUCAAGUUCUGGGACUUGGUCAAGUUUGAUAUUGUGGGCUACGGUGGCUUUGGGAUGCCCCUGCCCAAAUUGGGGCAAGAGGAAGCCCUUUAUGAGGCACUGAAGAAUGCGUACCCUCACCUCCACAUCUGCACGAAGGAGGAGUUUCCAGAACACUUCCAUCUCGCUAAACAUGACCGGGUUCUGCCAAUCGCGAUGUAUGCCAACUCUGGUUACAGUAUCAAUGGGGCAGAGAGCUGAUCAAAACAGCAAAAGCAAAGCAGUGCCCCUGGCCCAGUUCUGAAGCCAACCUUCCUUAAUCACCCACACCCAUCCCUGGUUAGGACUUGCUGUGGAUUCUAGGUGACUCCAUCUCAGGAUACAGGGACUGAGAGGGUGUAUGCAACAUCUCAGACCCAGAAACCGUUGAUUCUGCCGAAAAACACAGCAAUAACCACAUCCCAUCCUCUUGAUUUAAAUGAAAGGGUUUGGGGGAAUAAAAGAUGAACCUUU